AGGAAAGCCAUGCUCAUAAACAACAUGUUUGCCUUCAUUGGUGGAAGUCUCAUGGGGUUGUCCAAGCUCUGCCACUCGUACGAAAUGCUGAUCCUUGGACGCUUUGUCAUUGGUGCCUACUGCGGGUUGGCAUCAGGCCUGACACCGAUGUAUGUGGGUGAGAUAGCUCCUACAAGUCUGCGAGGUGCACUGGGCACGCUGCACCAACUGGCUAUAGUCACUGGUAUCCUCAUAGCACAGGUCCUCGGUCUGGAGUCGUUACUGGGCGUUGAGGACUUGUGGCCAAUUCUGUUGGGUUUAGCAGUCGUACCGGCUGUGUUUCAGAUGGCACUUCUGCCUUUCUGCCCCGAGAGCCCCCGCUUCCUCUACAUCGUCCGCUGCCAGGAGCACCAAGCCAAGAGAGGCCUGAGGAGGUUGACGGGCAGGCAGGACGUGAGCAGCAUGCUGGCGGAGAUGAAGGAGGAGAAGAGGAAGAUGGACAUGGAGAGGAAGGUUUCCAUCCUGGAGCUCUUUCGCUCUCCGCUCUAUCGCCAGCCCAUCAUCAUCUCUAUCCUGCUGCAGCUCUCCCAGCAGCUGUCUGGGAUCAACGCAAUUUUCUACUACUCCACCAGUAUCUUCAUGAAGGCAGGAGUCCAGAGUCCAGUCUACGCCACCAUAGGAGCAGGCGUGGUGAACUGUGCCUUCACCGUGGUGUCGCUCUUCCUGAUAGAGAGGAUGGGUCGACGGACGCUCCACAUGCUGGGACUUGGUGGAAUGUGCAUCUGUGCCGUCAUCAUGACCAUGGCUCUCGCUUUGUUGGACAGUAUUCCAUGGAUGAGCUACAUCAGCAUGCUGUCCAUCUUUGGCUUUGUGGCCUUCUUUGAGAUCGGUCCGGGUCCCAUCCCCUGGUUCUUUGUAGCCGAGCUAUUCUCUCAGGGUCCAAGGCCGGCUGCCAUGGCUGUGGCCGGCUUCUCCAACUGGACCGCCAACUUCAUCAUCGGCAUGUGCUUCCAAUACGUCGCUGACCUGUGUGGGCCAUACACCUUCCUGAUCUUCGCAGCACUCCUCCUCUUCUUCCUCAUCUUUACAUUCUUCCGGGUGCCAGAGACGCGGGGCAAAACCUUCGACCAGAUCGCAGCAAGCUUCCAUCAGGACUCUGUCGGACUAAUGAUGGAUAGAGGCAUGGCCAUGGAUCUGGACAAGCCCAGCACCGAGUUGGACUACUUGGGGGAGGAAAGUUCCUGCCUAAAGAGAGAUGGGAUCGAGCACAGCUUGGAAUGAACUGUGUAGGCCCGACUAUAAACUUUUACUUUCUGACAUAUUGUAUACUGAGGUCAACUGUUGAAUUCAUAUAGAUUGUGGUGCCAAAGCAGCGUUUAUAGUGUGACAAUUUGGGUGUUUUGGAAUUGUCCUUUUGCUGGUACCACUGCAAUAUGAGGUUACGAAUUACGCCUCGACAGAGGCUGAAAACCUAUGGAUUAAGAGUUGACUACUGUAGUUUCUAGGAAUAAGAUGAUCAGAAGAAAGUGUCUGGACUGUUGAGGCAUGGACUGCCCAUGUGGUAGGAUUUUAUUCCAAGGUGGCAAUAUUGACAGACAGAGGUGGAGAGACUUUAGAAUUCCUGCACUUUAUCUACAAAGACAUCCAACGGUUUCAGUUUGGAUGUAAACCCCCCAACCCCCAAAAAAUAGCAUAUACAGCCAUAGAGCUAAGUAUACUUUUAUAUUUUGUACUAAAGCUGGGAACACACUAGAUGUGUAAAUCCAACCGACUGAAACACAUUUAACUGAUAGCAUUCAGAUUUUUACCAUUUAGCUUAAACUACAAGAUCAUCGUCUCAAAGUUAUGCAAAUAUGUAUACACACACACAAGCUGUUUGGUUUGAAUUAAGAUUUAAAUCCCAACACACUUUUUUGGUAGCUACUGAAAUGUUCCCAUAACGGUCAAUGGUCAAGUACCAAAAGCUGGUCUUUGAUCGUACAGUUUGAUUAAAAUGAUAGUCAUAUACUUGAGGAUUUCUUGUACAGCUUGUUGAGUGUUGACAGUUACAAUUUGGAAUGGUAAAGUGAUUUUGUAACAAUUACAAAUUAUUCAAAUUUAAGUAUCAAAAAAGUACAAUUUUGGCAUCAAAACUCAGCAAUUGGAUGAUUGUAGAAACAUUUCAAAUGAUACCCCACCCUAACAACAUGCCAGCUGAUCUUGGUGUCCCAAUACUUCACCCGGCCUCUCUUCAGAGUGUGAGAGAGUUCAAAGUCUCCAUUGCCAAACCGGGUUUUCAAUCAUGUGGCGUGUUCCCAGCUUAAGGUAAAGUGCCAUCACAACGUAGAUUUAUGAUCAUGACAAACUUAUUGCACAACCUGCAGAAAUGCUACUUUUAAAGACAUUUAUUUUAGUUCUUGUGUACAUAUAUAGUGUGAUAUUUGGUUGUUAAUAUUAAGGUAUGAGGGUCUACAAGUUUCAAUUAUUCUUGCACUCCAGUAGGUGUAAACAGAAGCCUGAUACACUAGAGCAAGAUCUGCCAUUAAAAGGGAUGCCUGUAAAGACUAGCUGCUUUUUUUAAAUCCCACAAGGAUCAUAUGUUUGUCUUUUUCUUGUGUCCUGUGUGCAGUUUGCUGUCUAUUCUUUAAUGGUGUGUAUCACUACCUUCUGAAGAUUUGUAUUGAAGUUGUUCAGAGGGGAUCUGUAAUGUGUGUAUUAUGAUGCUGUGGUCAUGUAGUGACUACAAGGAUGCAAGUAAUGUAUAAUAAUAAUAAUAAUAAUAAUGUCAUUGAAAAUACCCGAGAAGGCCUCCAGUAAUUUAUAUUUAGUAUUUGAAAUUGUGUUCAAUAGUAAGUAAUCCAAUUUCAAAGACAAAUGCCGUUAAAAGCAGCAUCUUCUAAUCUGCACCUUGGUCAUGAAGAAAUAAGGACUGUAUACAGAGAUUUGCAAACAUGAUUUAUUAAUUAGCAUUUUUACUACCGACAUUGCACAUAAUCCCCUCCAAAGAAAAUCACACACAAAUAAGUAAAACACAAAAAUAAAGUUUCUUUUCAUCAAACGUUCCUCAACCGAGGAGAUGAAGGGAGUAGUACGCUUCCAAGAAUCGAUUGAGGUGGUAAAAGAACUAAACUGACUCCCAUAAUGCACCACCAACCUCACACCUGCUUGGUUUUCACCUCUUCAACCAAAUUUUAAAAAGUUAAAUAAAAAUCAAGGCUGGUUCCUCUAUAAACUACUUGAUGUGUCCCAUCUAGGCAAUUAAAGAAAAUUUGUUUUUAAAGGGGGGUUGGAAUAACUGGGCUACCAAG